AUGCGUCUUGUCACAAAAGGCACCAUGACUCAGCAAACAGGCACUGGUAUUCUGUGCCCUCCUCUUGAUGAUACUUAUCGUCGAUCUCUAGAUGACAUUAUCAUCCAGAUGUCGCCUCUGACAAGUCGAGCGGAGAAGCUGCUCUCUGGUCCCUCUCCUCCCGCGUUGGAGCUUUUAGAGCUUCAAAGAGACUUAUUGGCGAUUGAUGACGAGAUUACAUACUGGGCUUAUGACCGGCCCCCUAGCUGGAACCCAGAAGUGGUCGGUGAAGUCUGGAUAGAUCCAGCAAUAUCAGAUGAAGCUACGUUCUAUUGUACCGGCCCAGUUGAGAAAUACUUCGAUAUUUAUCUCGCAGCUGCAUGGAACUCCUGGCGUUCGAUACAUGUCAUCUAUCUUGACCAUCUCAUACAUAUUGCCAAUUCCCUUGGGCAAUAUGAGCUUGUUCCUCUAUAUAAAGAACGAAUUGAUGACCUGGCUGCGGGGAUCAAGGCGUCCAUCCCAUUCCAUCUAUAUCAAGAUGUUGUGACCUACAUUCAACAAGCAAACGCCGGGAAUCCCUUUGUCCACUCAGACCGACUGGUUGGGGGCCUACUACUUCUCCAUCCUAUGUAUGCCCUUGCUCGCUGCACCAUUGUUGAUGGCGCAACCAGAAAGUACAUAUCCAAGACUCUGAGAUGGAUCGGGGAUGAGAUGGGAAUUCGACACGCGAUCAUUCUUGCCGAUGGCCUACAGCUUGACAUGCAAGGACCUUCUUCGAUGCAGAGCUCCAAAAUCACCUUCAUCGAUGCACUCGAUGGGCAUUUCCUGAUUACCGCGAGCAUGAUGUUAGAGCCUCGAUAG